AUGCACUUAGCCGAGUACUCAGUCAACAUCGUACUUUCAUUCGCCGAUGAGGCACGGGAUAGGUUUAUUAAGUCUACAUCCGAAGAUCUCGAGUUGCAGUUGUUGAAACAGGUUGUUUUGAGAGGAUGGCCUGAGAACGACAAAAUGUUACCGGAAGCUGUCAAGUAUACUAACUUAAAAGAAGAAAUAACCUUUGAACAAGGUCUUUUAUUCAAAGGACAUAAGGUAAUUGUGCCAAAAUGGGAAAUUAAUAAAAUCGUUCGUGAUCUUCACUCAGGACAUGCUGGAGUUACUAGCUCGGUAGCAGGAGCUCGUCAAUCGCUUUACAAGUUGGGUCAAAGCCAAAGCAUUCGCGAAUACGUCCAGAGAUGCUCCGUGUGUCAGCAGACACAAAGAAGUAUUGUUCGAGAACCACAAUUGAAAGGAGAUGUUCCAGAAUACCCAUUCCAACUUGUGUCAUCUUAUAUUUUCAAUUUCAAGGGAGAUGAAUAUGUUCUGAUAGCCGAUCAUUAUUCAGGAUUCAUGGACUUCAAGAAAUUGAAAUCAGCGAACUCUCAAGAGGUCAUCGACCACAUGAGACAAUGGUUUUCAGUUCAUGGUAUUCCUGAGACGCUAGAAUCUGAUGGUGGAACACAAUAUACAUCAAAAAGGUCUUCCAAUUUUGCAUCAACGUGGCAAUUCAAACAUCGUGUAUCAAGCCCUGCUAAAGCGAUGUUAUCUGGACAAAUCGGAUAUAUAUCUCACAAUUCUUAUGCUAAGAAAUACACCAAGAAAUUUUGA